UACAAAAAUGUUGCACAAAAAUAUUUCAUUAUUAUUUUUAGUAGUAUUGGAGUGAGGAAUUACGUGACGAGUGUAAUUUGAUAGGCACUUGAGGUAAGCGAAGCCUCGUUGAGUGACACAAUCAUCACACAAGCAAAUAACAGGAACUGCCAGCCAUAUUUAAUCAGAUAGUCAAUCAUGGUCAACAACGCCGAUUUUGUGUCAAACAACGAGACGAUGAGUCUCCUUACCGUUCCUUCCAACAACAAACGCAAAUUUAGUUUUCCCGUGCAGCUUCAUUCAGGUGCCUUAUCCGGUGAUUCUGUGUCCACAAGACGUCGCCUGAGCAACGUUGGUGACAUUUUCGGACGAAAACUCAGCAGUACGAUCGGCUGGAAGCAACCAAUUCCCACACAAGACAUCAUCACGCAAGGAAAAUGUCUCUGCGGACAAUAUAUCAGGACAAAAUUAAAACGAGCGGGGAUUUUUAAUCGCAAACUGGGACUGCAACGGAUACGAAGUAUUGUGGGAACGCCCAGUAUUCUCAUCGUGCGAGAAGUUUUUCCGGCAAUUCUUUGUCUCGCUGAGGAACUCGAACGUAUGCAUCCGCGCAUCUACACCGGUGUCUCGCGACAAAUCACACGAAACUCCACGGGAGACAUGCCUAAUGUGGAAACAGCGUGUGUCCUGCUCGCGGCAGUUGCGCGAAAUCUCUUCCUAAAUGGCAUCAAUUGGGGCAAAAUUAUCUCGUUAUUUUGCAUCGUUGGCGGCUUAUCGGUGGAUUGCGUGAAGCAGAAUCACGUCGAUUAUCUGCCGAAAUUGGUCGAUGCGCUGGGGGAAGUUAUCGAGGAUGAACUAGUCAAUUUUAUACAUGAGAACGGAGGCUGGAUUGGCUUGAGUCAGAGAGUGAUACCAGAAUCAACUGAACUGACGAUUGUGGAGUGGCUUAUUAUUGCAUUUAUCUCUAUUUUUGUUCUCUUUUGCAUCGUUUUAGUCAUCAAAUUUUCUUGUUAUCUAAUUUUUACGAAUGAAACUUGA